AUGAAGAGGGAGCUGGACAGGUGGCGAUUCCUGAAGACCGCGGCCCCCCCGCCCCUUCGACCCGCAAACUCCCCGCUGGGAAUAGGCCGGAGGAACGCCAGCCCCUCUCGGAAGCAGCGUGGCCUGGACCUCGCUAAUUUCGCUCCCUUUCCGGAUGAGUGGACAGUGGGCGAGAAGGUCCUCUCCGAACACGCCUGGUUUCGUGGGAAGAGCUUUCUCGGGGUUCAGCGAAUGCUUCCAGGUAAAACCGCUGCAAGCCUUGCCAAAUAUCACUAUUCCUGGGGGGGGACUCGCUCUAGGACCGGGCUGAUGGAUGGCCAGGCGCCUAAACUAGCCAGGACACGUAAUCAAGGCGACGGUGAUGAUGACGUGGAGGAAGCGCACCCCAUGGAUGGGAAUGACGGUGAUCAUGGUCCCAAAAAAGAGGGCGAUCCUGAGCCACCUGUCCAAACUCGCAAGACUGGGCUUGGAAGGAGAGCGCGUCGGAGUGGCCCGCAUCGCCGUCGUUCUCAGCGCUCCAAGUGCCGUCCUCCCAAGGGCACGUGUGCAACCCAGGAAGACGGGGUAGCUGUUUCCCGCAGUCCCGAUGCAGCCGACACCAUCUUGAGGCAACGGGACACGGAGUUGAUCUCUCUAAAACGCCGGGCUCAGAAUGCCAAGCGAGUCAACAGUGCACUCAAACAGAAAACGGAAGGUGGACUAGGAGAACUCAAACCUCCUGAGCCAAAUGGGAAAAUCGAUGCCCGCUGGACCACGGAGGAGCCGCUUCUAGCCGCGCGAGGUGUCCGCAAAUAUGGUAAAGAUUGUCCAGCUGUUGCAGAUGUGAUGGGCAGCAAGACGGUGGGGCAAGCGAAGAACUUCUUUGUGAGCCGCAGGCGUCGGUCUAACUUAGAGGAGGUAUUGCAGGAGUGGGAAGCAGAACAAGGAACCCAGGCUUCUGGUGGUGAUGCUUCCGCUGCAGGGGAGGAGACCAGAAGUGCCUCUCACGCGCCAUCGGGGACGAGCACUGAGGCAGAAGAGGAGGCGCAGACCCCACGGGCUCCGGGCUCCGGGCCCAUCACCUCCUGCCCCUCGGCCACUCUGAGCCAGCCUCCGCCCCUUCUUGGUCCGGCACUGCCUGCUGCCCGGCUCGUCCCCGCGGCCUCCUCCACUCCCGCAGUAGUUCGGUUCGUCCUGCCCCGGCCGACUUCAAAUCAGCCUCCACCCCCGCUCCUGGGCCCUGCCGAUUCGACGCCACGUCCAAACCCAAGACCGGUGCUGUCCACGGUGGGUGGUCCACAACCACCGUCACUUAUCGGACUUCAGACAGAUUCACAGUCCUCACUGCCCUCAAGACUUGUUCGGUCUGUUCGGAGUCGACUUUAUUUGAGAUGCGAGCAGCAGUCUGCAGAAGCACUGGCUGCUCAGAUCGAAGAGAAAUGCCACCUCAGCGACAAGCUCGGUGCCGCCAGAGAGGAGUGUGCAGAGAUCGAGUCAUCUUGGGAGAAGGCCAAGCUGGAGAGAGAAUCUCUAAAUCCGCCCAGCCUUAGAGACACGGAAAGUGGAGAGCCCGCUGCGUGGGUCUCCUGCGGGGAGGUGGGGGCGGCUGGAGUCUCCGCCCGGGCGUCCUCCAGCAAGCCCAGCCGGGGCUACACGACCGCCGCCCGGCAACGUGCUUCUCUUUCGGUAAACUUGUUCGAACCCCGAGCAGAAGCCGGUUAUUUUGGCGAUUGCACCUCAGCCCGAACGCGACAGAUGUCUUUGUCACAGCUGAGCACGGGCCGGGUGUGCGGUGUCCGCGUGUAG